UUUGUGCCAAACCACGUCCAUAGUUCCGUUUUACGUCUUGUCGUAGCCGGUAGUCCUUCGCUGUUCGGUUGUUCAGCCUCAGAUCACCGAUUAUUAUUGUUGUUGUUGUUGUUGUCGUUUUCCCCGUCGACUGUGAACUCAAAUUCGCAAAAAUAAAACAUUCGUGCGAAAACAAUUUGAAAAAAUCGCCGCUCAAAAACUUCACCGUUUUUCUUACGAUUUCAAUCUGUGUUAUUUAAAUAACGCGAAUAUAAACGUAAUUACUAAUAAUAUAUAUUAUAUAUUAUAUAGUUUAUUUCUUCAACUAUUUUUUGGUAGAUAAAAAUGUGCUGUUAUAAUUUUGUGAAUCGGUACGAUGGUGGCGUGAGUGUCGACUGAUAUUGUACGGGAGUGACGCCGGUACAUAUUUUUUUUCGUGUUUAAUUUUUCCCCGCCCGUUUCCUUGAUCGCGCUUACGCGCGAUAAUCGAUAUCCAUCAAUCACGUCGUACCACACCGCCAAGCUGGACGCUUCGUUCGCGAUCCCGAUGCGGCACAGGAACGGGCUGAUCCCGGGCGCCGGUAAACGGCUGGCCAAGCGGUCCAUCAUAGGGACACGCGUCUGCGCGCCGUCCGGCGAUGACGGAAAGCUGUGCGCUGGCAUCAUCGCCGCGGUCAAGACUGCUGCGGACGGCUCUGAGACCGGAUAUUCAAUACGGUUCGACGACGGAACCGGCAGCCGGCGUGAGUACCGGGCCACCGAGCUGGUCGGCCCCGGUUUCCAGACGCUGUCCGACCUCCGACUGAUGGCCGGUCAGCGGGUGUACAUCACAUUCAACGGUCGCGAGAUAUGCGGUGAUGUGGUCGUCCACAGACCAGACACUGAAGAAGUGCGCGUUUCCAUAAUGCCGCACGGGCACGAGGGGUCCAUCGAAGUAAUAAAGAAAUUGGAUGAUGUUCGCGUGUUAGAGUCUAGAAAAUCGGCUCGGCUAAUGGACCAGGAUACAGAUUUCGCUAGGUUGGCAGACAUGUCAGAUAGGAAACGUAGUUCGUCCUCUCAGAAUGCUGUAGAAAUCAGCGGGUCCCGAAAACGUCGACCCAGCAGUAGCCAAGAUCUGGACGAAUCCCGUGAAGAGGAAAUGAAAGAUGAAGACGACGAUAAUGAACCCAAAGAGGAAGAAAUGACAGAGUGUACCGCGGCCUUGGUGUUGAUGAGCCUGUCAUGCAGUCCCCACUCACCGUCUAUACAAGGACGCAUCACGCGCUGCCAACAACCUGAGUCGCUGUCUACCAGCCCGUCCACGUCCAGCGAAGGAGCUUUUUCAUGUCGCAGCUCACCGUCACCACCAUUGAGCGAGUCCAGUUCCUCGGCUGCCUGGAGCGGACGCGGCCUGCCGUCGGUCGUCGACGAAGGUAUCGGCCUGACCGACGAUGACUUCGAAGACGUGCCCAAGCGAAAGAAGUCGGAUUGCCGCACAGUUUUUCAAUGCACUUGGCCCGGAUGCGUAAUGAUCACUACCACUGUGGCUUCCAUCGAAUUACACGUCCGCCAGAAUCACCUUGGACCGAGACUUGACAAAUCUCCGUCAGACGAUUGCACGAACGACUCAAUUGACGAUCACGAAGAGGAGUUUUAUUACACGGAAGUGGAACUCGGCGCGGCUUCAUCGCCACCCACGCUGUCGCACCGGGACAUGGCCCGUCCGCCGCACGAAGGUAAAGGAAGCGCGCCCAAUAAGAUGAUCAUUAUUUAUCCUGAAUACCAGAAGACGUUGAUCAUACCUCGUCCGGGCGGUGCUUGCCCGAUGAACAUACCGUCUGGAACCACCACUGUCAACUGGCCGUUCGCAUCUCUUAACGGACAGAAACAGAUCAAAAUGAUGUAUCAGAAUUUGGGUGGACCGAGGUUCCCGAGUAGCCCUAUGAGAAAAGCGCGUGGUGAAACGAAAAAGUGUCGCAAGGUAUACGGCAUGGAACACCGAGAGAAGUGGUGCACGCAAUGCAAAUGGAAGAAAGCGUGCACUAGAUUUGUCGGGUCCCAGGAAAACGCACAAUUGGCGUAAUGAAAACGACACACCGGGUACCGCCGAUGCCGACAAUCUGCACCAAUUUACGCUAACUGCCAAAAUUAAAAUGUUUUUCCUUUUAUUAUUAUUAUUAUUAUUAUGUUUUUUUUAUAUUAUUAUUAUUAUUAUUAUUAUUAUAUUUGUAUUAAACGCUAAGACACACUAGCGUUUAUAACUUUUAUUAUUUUUUUUUCUAUAUCAACUUUCAUCGAGGUUUGUACCCCGUUUUAUGUACAAACAAAUUUCUAUUUUAUGUUUUGUAAAAUAAGUUAUAUAAAUAUACCUAGGUAUAAUCAUAAUGAUAAUAAUAAUAAUAAUUGUUCUACCAAGUUCAUUUGUAAAUCAUACAAACAUUUAAAUACAUACAUUAAGGUAUCUAAUACCUACGACGUAAUACUUAAAAACUUGUAACGUUUCAGUACUUGGGGAAAAGUUCCUAGGAAAAGUACUUCAUUCAUUCAUAGGUCCGUUAUUGCAUUGAUAUGCAUUUGACUGUUAUGAAAAUGAUAAUUUAUAUUUAUAUACCAGACAAAAAAGCCAUAUUUAUAAAUUUAAAAAAGACAAAGUAUUAGUUUUUAAUAAAUAAAAAACAACAAGAUAAUGUCCUGAGAAAAAGCAAUAAUUUUAACAAUAAAUUAUAUUUAUAGAUAUGGUUAAACUUAAUGUUUUUUACAUAUUAAAUGCGCACAGAAUAAUUUUUGUAUUUAUUUUCAAAUGAUAUGAAAAAUUUCGAGAACAAGCAUUUUAUUUUACUUAGACUUUUGCUUCUCAAACUAUGUUGUUUCCCAAAAGUAAUUGCAUUAUUUUAUUUGGUUGUAUUACUUUGAUUUAUUUAUUGUUUAUAUGAUAUUAUGUUAUAUUAUUUUAAGUAGUUACCAAUUGCUCUAUGAGUUCGUAUUUACUAUUAUUAUUUUAUUGUAUUUGAUUUAUUUAUUUAUUUAUUUAUU